AUGAUUCAAAUACAAAAUACAGACGCGUUAAAGCUUGAGUUUGAUAUUGGGACUAUUUUGGAAACUAAUCCACUACUGCCUGAUGAAGUUCUGCCCGAUAUUCUUACAGAAAUUCGUCUGUCACUAGUAGAUGCCGAUAAUAUUGAUAAAAUGGAACUGUUGGACAUUGUUCGAAGACAAGUAUUAAUUCAAGAGUAUUACGUUAAUAAACGUGAUACAAUUAAAGAUUUUAAACUGAUUACUGAUGAACGUACGUGUUAUCGAAAGUGUAAGGACAUAAAUAAUCGUGUGGACAUAUGCCUUGAUUGGCGUGAGAUAUGUGACAAUAAAAUUGAUUGUUUUGAUUUGUCGGAUGAAGAGUAUUGCUUCGAGUUAGAAACAAAUAGAUGUAACGAUGAAUUUGAGUAUCGGUGUAGAAAUGGACUAUGUAUUGAUAAAAGUUUUUCAUUUGAUAAUUAUCCAGAUUGUCUCGAUUAUAGCGACGAAACUAAUAUGUUGGAUCGUUCGCUUUAUGAUAAUUGUUUUGUUCAAUUCAGACCCGAUUGCGAAGAUCAUUUUUGUGGUUCGACGUAUUUUUCUUGUGGUGAUGGACAAUGUAUAGAAAAUUUAAAAGAAAGUUUUACCAACAAUCAAUGUUAUAAUACAUAUGAUAAAGCUUAUUUGUCACAGAUUAGCGAAAAGAAUGAUAACAUAUAUCAUGAAAAAUGUAAAAAUGGAUUAUUUCGGUGUUCAGUAACUUUAAAUCUAUCUACUUGCAUAUCGAAUGAACGUUUACUGGAUGGUUUUACGGACUGCGGUAACUCUCGUGAUGAAACGAUUGAUUACACUGAUGUGUGCGCAUUGAAUUUAUCUGAUCGAUUCCAGUGUAUAAAUACGAAUCAAUGUAUACCUAGAAGAAUGAUUAAUAAUAAAAAUUCAGACUGUCUAGAUGAAUCAGAUGAAUACCACUUACCAAGCUGCGGGCGCGAAAGAAAUCCAGUUUUCAAUGAAUUUGUAUGUUACUGGUUACGUGGUGAUAUUAAACUAAAGUUAGCAAUUCCAUUUCUUAAGUUAUGCGAUGGAAUUGUUGACCUCAAAGAACAUCGUAAUAUGACUGAUGAAACGAACUGUGAACAAUGGCCGUGUCAUACGACGCUUACGAAUUGCAGCGGAACAUGGAAUUGUCCAAAUGCCGUAGAUGAAAUAAAUUGUACGAAUUAUGAAAAGCAUUUUGGAUUAUGUUCUUACAACGAAUCAUAUUGCGUGCAGAAACCCUUUGAUAAUAUGACAUGUUAUAAUUUGGAAUUAGCCGGCGACAAUGUGAAUAAUUGUUUAGGAAAUGUAGAUGAACGGGUAAAUGGCUAUUGUCGCCUCGCCUAUCCAGGAAGAAGACGUCAACGAUUCCAAUGCCAAAACAGUAGUAUAUGUUUAGAUCCAAAACAAUUGUGUGACUGUCGCCAAGAUUGUCCAUAUGGUGACGAUGAAAAAGCGCUGUGCAAUUGGCUCACUGAUGUUAAAUGUGAUCCGGAUGGAAACAUAUUUUAUUGCCAAAAUGGUGAACCUAUUGAUUUGCAGUAUCGAUGUGAUAGCUAUUCGGACUGUGAUAAUUCAGAAGAUGAAUGGCUAUGUGAUAUCGUAGACGACACUCGGCAGACAGGAUAUUUUCUGCAAGACAUAAAUUUCUAUCCAGUACAAAAUUACUUGCCUCUGAUAGAUGAUAGUACCAAAGCAGAAAAACUGGGGCGUCAAAGUAAGAAGGUGAUACCGCUGACUGUGUCUCGAACGUACAACGACAAAUUAUAUUUUGCUUGGUAUUGUAAUCGAGGUUUAGUGGCACAAAAUCGACGUACAUCUAAAGACUUUUGUUUAUGCCCAUCGACAUAUUAUGGCCCAAGGUGUGAAUAUCAACGGAAGCGUAUAUCACUUAUUGUGCUUUUUUAUGUGCCAAUGCAUUUGUACAAGAAAACAACUGUCAUAAACUUUGUCUUCUAUUUGGUGGUCAAAGAUACUAGUGAAAUCAUUGAUUAUGAACAAAUUAAGCAUGUAUCGCACAAAAAUUGGUAUAAAAAAUAUUAUUUCUAUUUGUUGUAUCCAAAGAACGCUGCUGAAUCAAUACCUUACUCGAAUUAUUAUAUUCGUAUUGAUGCGUACAGCAUAUCAGCUGAUGAUGUGAAGUAUAUUACCACAUGGUACUAUAUUCUGCAAUUUCCCUUUCUGCCUGUUCAUCGAAUAACAUUAAAAUUAGUUUUGGAACAGUAUACCAAAAUUAACAAUAAGCAAUGUAAAUGUGCCCAUGGAACUUGUAUCAAAUAUUCGAACGACGGUGUACUAAUGGUUGUCAUUGGUCUCUUGCUUAACAUAUUAACAAUAAUAACGUUUUAUCCAACAUAUUCUCGAGAAAUCGGAUGUACUCUGUAUAUACUAUGUUCAUCGAUUAUUGGUCAAGCAAGUUUAUUUGUGCUUAGUUUAAAAUUAAUACAGUUGAUAUUAACUCCAAUAAACAAUUCGUCCUUUACACUUGUUAGUUGUAUUACUAUUGAAUAUUUUCUCAGAUUGUUUCCUGCAUUAUGUGAUUGGUUGAAUGCAUUCGUGUCAUGUGAACGUGCGUACAGUGUCAACAGCGGUCUCAGAUUUGACAAACGUAAAAGUAAAAAAUGUGCUAAACUAGCUAUUAUACUGCUUCUAAUAAUAAGCGUGUCAGCUAUUUUACAUGAACCAUUUCAUCGACAUAUUCUUGUUGAUCCAAGAAUUAACAGACGAGUUUGGUGCGUUGUGAGAUAUGAAAACAAUAACCGUUUAAAACAAUACAAUUUGGCUAUUAAUCUAAUAAAUUACAUUGUUCCGUUUACCAUCAAUUUGCUAGCUGCCAUCAGUAUUCUUAUUUCAUCCACAAAGAAGAAAUCUCAAGCAAAACAUGAACAUUUUCGAAUCAUAUUUCGAAAACAAUUUCAUCAAUAUAAACAUCUGAUAAGUAGUCCAAUUUUACUACUUAUCCUGGCAUUACC